AUGAGUGCACUUACACUAGAAUCUCUUGUACAACAAGUUGGUUCAUCAACGACAUCACAAGCGGAAGUGUUACGAAAUAUACUUGCUGCUGCAGCUUUUGAAUCAUCAACAUCUACAGAUAACUCACCUUCAAAAAAAGAUACAGCUACCACCUCUUCAGUAUCUUCAACAGGUUCAUCAUCAUCUGAUUUUAUUAAUUCAUCAUCAUUGGGUGGAGCUAAAAUGGAAACUGAUGUGACGGGAAAUGAUUGUAAUAAAAAUGUUAAUUACGCCGAAAUAUGGAAUAGAGCAGUAAAUUCUUCUGGUGGAAAUAAGGAAGAUUUUAAAAACCUUUCUCUUGAACAAUCUUUUUUAACAACUGGUGUUAAUGGGCUUCCAAUAAUGAAUCUUAAAUGUACAGAAUGUGGUGUUGUUAAAACAACAUCGGAAGAUUUAGAAAUUCAUAUUAAAGUGGAACAUUUAAAUUGGCUUCCUUUUGAAUGCCCAUUAUGUAAAAUAUCACGUCCUAGUGAUAAUCAAAUGCGUGAACAUAUACAUUCAUCUCAUCGUCAAAAUACAACUAAAUUUCAAUACUUAGAUAAUGAAACAGCUAAAAGAACUUUACAAUUAAUGAUGGAUAAAGCGCAUUUAGCUGCUGCUUCUUCUUCUUCAUCAUCAUCCUCAUCUUCUUUAUUAAAAAGUAAUAUUAAUAAAGUAUCUGUUAAUGAUUGUGAAAAUUUAUCACAAAAAUCUUCCAACAAAAGAACAUUAGUUGAUAAUUUAUUAUUUUCUAAACUAGCACCUGCUUUAAACGGUUGUACAGCAUCUCUCUCACCUACAUCAUCACCUAAUUCACCAGCUGCUUCAUCAACAACGACAACAACUAGUAACACUAAUUUAUUACAAUUACCAAUUUCAAGAAAACGACCUGCAACUAGUACUACAACAUCAUCAUCCUCCUCAUCUACAACAACAAAUAAUGAUAUUUAUACUACAGAGUCUUUCUUAGCACAAUUACAAAAAAAUACAUCAAAAAAUAAUGAUAUAAAUUUAAAAAAUGAUGAUGACAAAGAACAUCGUGAAAAUGAAAUUCAAACAUCUAAUAAUGAAAUUGAUUUUAGUAUUCAAUUAGCAAAUCUUUUUGGUUCAUUAAAAAAAGAUAACUUAUUAUGUAAAAUGGAAAAAGAGACAAGUCCAAUAGAUAGUACAAGUAAUACAUUAAAUUUAACAGCUCUCCUAAAUAGUUCUGUCGCAAAUUUGGAUGCAGAAGAAAAUAAAAGAUCAAAGAUUAUGGCAAAAAAACGUGUCCUUGGAUUAUGUUCUAGAUGCCAAAAACCUGUAACAGCUGGAAGUAGACAGGUCCAUAUAUUUUACCAUUUAGGAAAAGAUUAUUCUAUGUAUCGUUUUCAAUGUCUAUAUCCUAAUUGUACUGUUGCACAUUAUCGUAAAGAUCAAUUAGAAGCUCAUCAUAUCAAAGCACAUGGUGGUAUUAAUCCAUCAAUGCUUGAAGAUCGUUCACAAGAACUUAAUGCAGCAUGUCAAGAAUUGUCAAUGGAACUAUUAGGGACAACAAAUAAUAAUCCUGGACCAACAGCUGCUGAGGCACAAGUUAUUUUUGAAGCUUUACAAAAAGAAGCCGUUGAACAGAUGAGUAAAAAAAAGAAACGUAAAAAAAGUGAUGGUAAAACAUUACUUCCUAAGAUGAUGUUAAAUUCAAUGGGAAGAGAGGAUGGUCCACAUUCAGAGAUGAUAGAAUGUCGAAUUUGUGAUAAAUUUAUUCUUGCUAAAAUUAAAGGAUUUCAUGUUCUAUGGCAUAUAACAAAAGAUAAAGGUAUUCCAAGAUAUGCAUGUAAAGUUUGUAAUUAUAAACAUGAUCGUUCAUUAAAUGUUAAUAAUCAUGCUAAAGCUGCACAUGGUAUGGAAGAUUGUUGUGAGGAUAUGAUGGUAAAACAUGCUCAUUUAGUUAAAGAAAUGAGUGAAGAAUGUUUUGGAUCAAUGGUUUUAAGUUUUAAUGGUGGUUUUACAAAUAAUGCAGAAGCACGAAAAAAAUCUCAUAAAAAUCAUGAGAUAACAGAUAGAGAAAAUAAAGCGGUAAAUGGUACUACUAAUCAUAGUAACAAUAAUGAUAACGAAAGUGAUAACGGACACGAUGAUGAUAGUGAAAAUGGUACAGAUAGCGACAAUAACAACGAAAAUGAGGAUGAUGAAUAA